AUGUUCAUCUUUUCGUAAAGUACUACAGUAAGAAAUCCAGCUGAAUAUGAAUCUCCAAGAAGACUUAUAUCAUUACUCAUUUGCUUCCCAUCAGAAUUAUUCAAAGAAUCGGGGAGCAAAAACCAACAAGUAAUUAAUGCAAUAGUUAUGAUGGCUGAAAAUACAAAGAAACAAUCUCUAUAUCCCAAAUAUGUGUUAAGAAAGCUUCCAAUGACGGGUCCAACCAUCAAUCCAAUUCCACUAGAUGAUCCUCCAUAUCCUAGAUAUUUUUCCUUAUUUUCUGCAAAAAUUGAAGUUAAAAUUGAGUAACCUAGUUAUUAAACUUGA